AUGGCUCUACCACCGUUUCCACCGCAAGAUUUGGCUAAAUUAGUUUUGGGAUACCUUGUUGAGGAGCAAUUGAUGACAGCUUAUGAUGAAUUCCUCCAAGCUAGCCCUUACUUAGAUGUUUUUAGAAAUGAAUAUGACAGGAUUGUCAUGACAUCACUUAGGAAUAUUCUAGCCGAAUAUAGAGCAGUUAAAAUUUAUGUGGAAACCUGUAAGCCUCAUUCACUACGUAAGAAGUUAUUGCAGUGUUCAAAUUUAUUAGAAAUUGUUAAGUUUCUUGUUAAUUAUGUAGAUAUUAACAGACUUCAUGCUCAAGAAUGUACUACAGAAAAAAUAAAUGUAAAACAAAGCUAUUUAAGAAGUAAUAUUGGCUGUGAUGUCUGUAAUUCAUUAAAUUUGGGUGCCUGUGUGUGUAAGAGAGCCCAUAGAUCGGUGUCUACCUUACAUCCUAGUCAAAUAGAAACUAACUUUGGCAUUUCUACUGAAACAACAUCUUUAGAUGAUUUACCUGGUAAUUCAAUUAAUAAAAGUAAAAAGAAUUCUAAAAAUGAAGAUUUAAAUGAAACUAUUUUGUCAAACAGUCAAGUUGAAAAGGAGCAAGAAACUGGGGCUGAUGUGAUUCAUAGUGUUAUAAAUACUACAUAUGAGCCCCAUUUACCAAUAGUUGUAAAUGAAGAAAAAUCCCAUCGUAAUUUAUAUACAGAGGAUGUAUUAGCAGUUAAUUCAGAUGAAACACAACAGAAAAUUAAUAACUUUAAUACUUAUAAUGUAGAAUAUGGCAAAAAUGAUUAUCUUCCACUGCCAAAACAAAAUAACAGUAGCAAUGAUACACAGAAACCUGUCUAUAAUGCAGGAUCUUUUCAAGAAUUUGCUAUUGGAGUUAGUGGUAGCAGUGAUAAGGAGAUACCAACAGUUCCAGAUUCUAGUACUGCAGAAAAUUAUAAUAUGCAGAGUACUGUAACAAAAGAAAACAAGACCAAUAUAAAUCCAAUUACCAAUAUAAAAGGUCCGCCAAAGCCACAGGUUAUACAUAAACUGGCAACACCAAUAAACAAUGAUGGUAAAAGAAAUCAAAAACUUAGAAAUAUAAAAGCAAAACCGGAAGAUCAGAAAAUUAAAAUUAUAUCAGACGUUAAAUUUGAUGAGGCUGUCAAAAAUAAUAUGUUAAAAAUGCCACCCCUACAACCAAUUUCUUCUCCGUUGCUGCAAAUGCAAAGGAUUAUUAUAAAUGGAACACCAGCAUAUAAAAGUAAAGUGCAGGGGAAAACUUAUAAUAAGGAAGAAAUUAUGGCUAUGCCUACAAUUAUUCUCGUGCCUGCCUCUGGACCGUCUAGCAGUACUGUAACAUCGGUGUCUCUCGCUCAAAACAUAGUACAUACAGUAACAAGCUCUUUACCAACCACUACUACAACUGCAUCAAAAUCGUUGGGUCCACUAAUAGUGGAUGUGUCAUCAAACAGCCCAAACCCAGUUGAAACAUCAAAUAAAACAGGAGAUACAACAUCUCAAGAACCCACAAAGAUUCCAGUUGAAAUGAGUUUAGUUAAAACUGUCGAUUUCUCACAUAAUUCUUUGCCUAAAGACAAUAAUAUGGAUACUGCAAAUAAAACUAGUACACCUAAUAUUUUGCCACCCACAAGAAAGUCUAGUUCGACACCCCGAAGGACUUCACACGUAAGAGUAUUAGAUUUCACUACACCAAGGAGGAUUUUACAGGAAACUAUAAAUGAACAAGAUCCAAACAAAGAUUUAAUUACAGAUGUUAUUGAUAAUCCGGAUACACAAAAUGUAGUGAAUGUUGAAAGUUCAAAUGAAGAUAUGGAAACCAAAAAUGUAUCCACAAAAGAGAAUCAUAUUAAAAAAACAAAAAAGAAUUGGGAUUCGGAAUUAAGAGUACUCGCUGUAAGAAAUGAUGAAACGAUAGAGUCUACUCCGAGACCUAAACCUAAAAAAUUAAAAAAGAAAAUGACACCAAUUGUUGAGAAGAGUCAAGAAAUAUCAGAUGAUAAAGCUGGAAGUAAUAUGAGUUGCAAAAAAAAAGUGUCACCUAAGACUAAAAAAGCUAAGAAAACAGUGAAAUCUGCAGAUAUUGUUAAGGAACCAGUAAUUACAAUAGUUGAUAGGGUUGAGGAGCCUAUAGUGAAACCUACUUUAAAUAUUAUAUCAAAAUCUGAUUGGAGUACACUAGAACCUAAGGAUUCAAGUAAAGAAAAUAAUGAGAGUCAAACGAAAUUUAAUAACAGUGAUGAACGAACAGAUACUCCAGAUGCAGAAAGGCUUUCGCUACAAAACGCAAUUGGAGCAAAAUUAAACAUUUCAGAAUUAUUAGAAACUCCAUAUAAACAAGUUUUGUAUGAUAUUCAAAUGGAAACCCCAAAAUUUCUGGGUCCCGAUCUUCCAGGUGAACCUGUUUCUGACAUAAAAAUAAUGAAUAUACCGACUCCACGGUUUUUCGAUUCACCAAAAAUAAUACAAGCGACUCCAUCGUCUUAUUCUUCCCGACCAACAGACUAUUCUAGUGGUGGUUCAUAUUACAAGCCUGAUGAUCAAGAUUUUGUGCCAGAAAUAUUAACUUGUGCUGUCACUGUAGUACAAGAGCCGUGUACAGAUGAAAAAGAUGAAGAAGAACCCAAGAUUGAAGAAAAAGAAGAAGAAAAAGUGGAGAAACCUAGUCGACCGCAAAGAAAAUGCACAAGAAAUGUGUCUUAUAGAAGUCCUGUUAGCAGAGCUAAAGAUGAUGGUAACUCAAGUACCUCGGCAACGUCUAGUAACAGUAGUAUAAAAGAAAAGAAAGCAAAAUCCGUAGAUGCGAAAAACCGAUCCAAAUCAAAAUCUAUUCCGAAGAAGAAAGUGAUUCCUACAGCCAAAUCUCCCUUUAAAAAAGAAUCGCUGUUAAAAAGCACUCCAAAUAAUUAUAUCAAAAUCAAACCUUUUAAAACUACAUCUAUUAAAGAAACGUCGAGUAAAAAAAAGAAGACGCCAACUGUAUUACAAAAUCUUUCGUCCAAAUCGUUAUCGAGAAAGAGAACAAGUAGCAAAGAAAGUAAUGUUCAAUCCACACCUAUUGUACCUGUGACAACGAAGUCCCGAAGAAAAUCAUCUACACCGAGAAAACUUGACUGUACGAACUCAUAUAAAGAAAAAGUUGAUAAUACUUCAUCUGAACUAUCUAAAAGUGACCAAGAUGUAGCAAAAGAUUGCCCACAAGAUUCCGAUCUCGAACAACAACCUUUGCGAUGGUCAGACGAUGGUUCCCAAGACGCUAAACAAAAAGUCCAAUCGACAGUCAGUGAUGAGGAUGAAAUAAACAAAAUAAAGGAGUUCAUACAAUCAACAGUUCCCGCGAAAAUUGAUGGUGAAGGAAGUUUACACAAUGAUUUAGUUAAACGAGGUUUUGACGCAGAAACAGCGAAAAUAAUCGAACGGGACUUACUCGAUACAUCCCCUAUACAAGAUACGGCGGUGCAAUCGACCAGUAACGAUUUUAAUUUAAACAAAAAUGACGCACAAAACGUUAGCGAUAAAUUAGAAUCAGAUUCUAGUGCGAAUAACUUACAAAUAGUGCAAGAGGAUGAUGAUAUAGAAGAAAUAGAAAUGUCAGUACAUGAAUGUGUCGAGGGGAAAGAAAAUUAUAUCACGUGCCAAUUUGAUGAAGCGAACUUCGUUCCAAAAACGGAUAUUCCCAAAUUGAAAGAUAAAUUCUCUAUGGAAGUAUGUAUUGAUGACGGCGUAUCUAUAAGACUGAGGUCCACAAACCUUAAGACUUUGUUUGAAGAUGACCCGACUACGUACAACCCUAAAGAAACCGAAAUGGCGGUUAACUCGAUUUCUAAUAUCGAGAAACUUUAUACACCAAUGAAAGAUCGACGAUCUCAAUGUUACGAGAUAUUCGAUUCUACUCUGACCAGUAUCGAUACUCCGAUUAAGAAUGAAAUGAGAGAAUUUUACGAGACAGAAGUUAGUGAGAUUAUUCUAGAAGUUGAAAGUAUAGAAGUAAAAGAGAAGCCAGAGACAAAGAAAAGGAAACGGAUUACGAGUGAUGUUGCAGAAGAGUCUGUAAGUAAGAAGACUAAACCUGAAACUCGGUAUUUACUCAACUCGGCUAACAUACAGAAUAUUGAUAUUGAGUCAGUUUUAAGUAAAUUACACGGACCU